AUGAGGAAUAUUUUCCGUUUCUUCAUCAUACGGCUUACUUCAUUGCCACCAUCGUUGACCCUGCCUCCUCCAGUUGGGGCUCCUUCCCUUGUUGCUGCUUCAGACACUAGUUCUCCAGGUGAAGUCUUAUCUUCCCCAUCGUCCUCUCAAGAUGCUGCGCCUUCAUCUUCCACUACUGAAUCCACUGAUUUUGCCUUACAACCUUCUUCUUCCUUGCAUCCGAUGACCACUCGAGCUCGACAUGGCAUAUUCAAGCCAAAUCCAAGGUAUGCCUUACUUGCUAGUCCCCUUGUUGAAUCUAAGCCGACUUGUUAUUCUCAAGCUCAUAAGGAUCCUCGGUGGGUUCUUGUCAUGACUGAUGAAUAUAAGGCCUUGCUUCAAAAUAAAACUUGGACCCUUGUCCCAGCCCCACCUGAUAAAAAUAUUACUAGAAACAAAUGGGUUUUUAAAAUCAAGCGCAAGUCUGAUGGUUCGGUUGAACGUUUCAAAGCACGCCUUGUUGCCAAAGGCUUCUCCCAAGAAGCAGGCUCAUCUUCAUCUGCCACUAACACCCUCAUUCAGAAUCUUGCCUCUCAGUUUUCUCUUCGUGAUUUGGGCUCUGCAUAUUAUUUUCUUGGUGUUGAACUUUACAGACCGUCAUAUGGUCUUCAUCUGUCUCAACACAAGUAUAUUGAUGAUCUUCUAAAUCGAGCACAACUUCAUGAUGCCAAACCUCUCUCCACUCCUAUGUCUACCUCCGCUCGUCUCACCAAGUCAGAAAGUGAACCGCUUACUGAUCCCACUUUCUUUCAUAGCAUUGUUGGCGCUCUUCAGUAUGUUACUAUUACUCAUCCAGAAAUUACCUUUGCUGUAAAUAAGAGUUCUAAAGAGCAACCUAUAGUGGCACGAUCUAGCAUUGAAUCAAAAUAUCGCAGCUUAGCCUCUACUGCUGUAGAAUUUUUAUGGCUUCACAUGCUCCUCCAAGAAUUAGGUGUUUCCCUCUCUGUGACUCCUUUGAUAUGGUGUGGCAACAUGGGAGCUAAAUUUCUUGCUAACAACCCUGCACUUCAUUCUCGCUCCAAACACAUUGAGUUGGAUAUUCACUUCAUUCGGGAGAAAGUUGCAACUAAGCUUCUUGAUGUACGAUACAUACCCUCGGCGGAUUAG